GCAGCCUUGAUCCUGGCUCCAAGUUAGGUCACACCAGACGCACUUCUGCAUAUCCAACCAGACUACAUACUCGCGCUUCAAGCAUUUUGCCGUUCUAUAUAUUCUCGUCUGUCUUUGAAUUUCCGCCCCAGAACACCCUGAAUCCUGUGAACAUCGCACUCUAUCGUGACCAUCUCUCUACGACAGACAGCUCCAUCACUCAACCAAGAUGACCCUUCGUGCUGGUCUCCAAGUCCUCCGAAACAAGCAGUACCACCACCCCCGCCGCGCGGUUAUGCGACCCAGCGAACGGAACCAUUGGACCUUCUCCUGUAACGGUGUCAAAGGAGUAAGUCUAUCGGAUGCUUACGAGGGCCGGCCCCAGGGUCUGGAUGAGGGCGACGAAGAGCUCUUCCCCGCUGACUUCGUCAAAGUUUCGUUCCUCAUCUCGGUGCACGGAUAUGUGAAAUACCGCCGCAUUAAGAAUGUUCAGCGUACCCGUGGCGGGGUGCCGCUGCCUACCUCGCGGCGCAGGGUAGUCGAGUGUGUUGCCGAGGCCAUCGUCGUGUUUUUGAAACAGGCGAAGACAACAAGCGACCACGAUGGCAGCUUCGUGUUCGGUCCCGCCGACAUCCAGCUGAAGGACCUCUACUUGCUCGAGCUCUAUCGGUUCGGCAAGACGCUGGUCCCGGUCCUUGGAUAUAUGCCCCUCGAUGUGGGCCCCCCAUUCCAAG